UAACCAUUCUGUCAGGCUGUUUAUUCAUGCUGUGGACAUCGGCCAAGAAAAUUUUUGUGCAGAGCUGGAACUUCGAGGAUACGGCGGUGGUGUUCUUCUCGCUGUCCCUGGCGCUGGCGGUGCUGUUCGUGGACCUGGCCAGGCGGUGGCCUGCGCUGGCGCUGGAGUGGCAGGGCGUGGAGCGGGCCGCCGCCCGCUACGGGUCGCCCUCGGGCCUCGCCGCCAGGGCCAAGGCCUUCACCGUGUUCAUCAUGGCGGCCGGCGGCGUCGAGCACGCGCUGUCGCACGCGAAGACGGCCACCGUCGCCUUGCACUGCGCGGGCGGGCGAGCCUCAGAGUGGGCGGCCCACUACUUCAAGGCGGAGUACUCGCAGAUAUUCGCGGACGCGCGGUUCUCGGCGUGGGCCGGAGUCCUGGCGACCGUCGUCGGCUUCUUCGCCACGCACGUGCGGAGCUACGUGGACGCGUUCAUCGUCGUCGUCAGCAUGUCCUUGGCGGCCAGGUUCAGGCUGCUGACCAGGAGGCUGCGCUGCGGGCUGGACGAGAUGAGGUCCGAAGACGACUGGCGGCAGAUGCGCGAGGACUACAACAGCUUGUCUUGGCUGUGCCUGAGCGUCGACGAGGCUCUCUCGAAGUUGGUCCUGCUGUCCUUCACCAGCAACGUCUACUUCGUCUGCCUGCAGCUGUACCACAGCAUCCGGCCUGUUAAAAAUGCAGCAGAAAUAGUAUACUUCUACUACUCGGUUGGUUUCCUUUUACUACGGAUUGUAUUGGUGGCUAUUAAUGCUGCUGCUAUAAAUGACGAGAGCAAGGAGCCAAAGACAAUUAUCUUCUCAGUUCCGUCCAGAUCAUUUUCUUCGGAGGUGCAACGAUUCUUGCUUCAAGUGACCUUCGACGAAGUAGUACUGACUGGCAUGAAAUUCUUCUCUGUAACAAGAAGCCUCAUACUAACUAUUGCCGGGACCAUAGUAACCUACGAGAUAUUCCUGAUCCAGUUCCACUACACCAGCACAGAUGACUUACUACGAGUGAACAGCAGCAAUGCCACAACAUGCGGCUUGCAAACUUUCUCUCACUCUUAUUAAUCAUACAAUAUUUUUUCCCCUGCAAGUUUGUAUUUAGUAAGCGCAUUGAUGCGUGUAUGCGUGACAUGAACAAGUUUCUCUAGGACACUUAAUGAAACGGUAAUGUUCUCCAUUAAAUUAUAUCACAAUGCAUGCACUCAACAUAUGAAAUACUGUACAAUUUUUCAUUACACCUUGACUAUUUAUAGUUAAAUUAGCAUCCUAUAGAUAGCCAUAGAUACAAGCCUAUUCUAUUAUAAUUUGUUUCGAUGUAUUUAAGCACAAAAUGAAUUAGCAAUUUAAAAACCAAGUAGCUUGGCUGCCUCCACAUAAUGUGGGGUUAAGUUUAGGAUAAUAAGAGCAAAACAAAUGUGUGUAGCUUAUGUGAAAAAUGAUAAAGCAUUAAAACCAACAAAAACUGAAAAA